AUGCCUUUAUUCGGCCUUCGCUUCACUGCUCAAGAUGAGGACGAACGGGCCCAAAAGAACACAUUCACGAGGUGGAUCAACCUCCACUUGGAAGAGCACAGCUCCUCUGGACGUGUGAAUGACUUAUUCGAGGACAUCAGGGAUGGGGUACUCUUGUGCCACCUGAUCGAGGUCCUUACAGGAGAGGCAUUGCAAGUAUGCAGCCCUCGUGUCUCAAAACGGGUGCAUCACAUCGCAAAUUUAACAACUGCUUUGACGGUUUUGCGACGAAGAGGCCUGGAAUUGGUCAACAAUAAUGCGAGCGACAUCGCAGAUGGCAAUCCCCGUAUCGUGCUCGGCCUCAUUUGGCAAAUAAUCCUUCAUUUUCAGAUUGAGACGAACAUGGCCCUGCUUCGUGAAUGGGGUUGGGGUUCCACAAGUUUGCAACAUUCACGAGAAACUACACCUGUGCGAUCUCCAUCUUCUCCGAUUAAACAACGACUUGCUUCACUUCUCUCAUCUGGACCUUCAACGUCUGCCGAAACUCCCAAGAUCUCGGUGAAGCAGAUGAAGAGCUCAGUAGAGCAAGUUAUGCUAAGAUGGAUCAACGCGGAAGUCGCACAAAAAGUGAACCUACGUGUGGAGAACAUGGAUCGAGACUGGAAGGACGGAGUCAUGUUCUGUGCGCUGGUUCAUCGAUGGAAACCUGAUGUUAUCGACAUGGAAACCGUUCGUGGUGCUGAGCCAAGACAGAACCUCGAGAAUGCUUUCGAGCUGGCGCAAAAACAUUUGGGAAUCAAGAAACUGCUCGAAGUUGAUGACGUUCUCUGCCAGAAGCCUGACAAAAGAUCUAUAAUCACAUAUGUAUCGCAGUUCAUUCGGGCAUUUGGAGAGUCUCCUCCUGUUGAGGAUCACAAUGUGUAUGCCGAAUUCUUGGAAUGGCUUUCUAAUGCUUACAAACUCGAUCUCAUAAACAAUGAACAAGGGAUGUACUUCCGAUUGCGACGGGAGUUCAUCGAGUACCGUAGUGUGUUUAACACCAUAAUGGCAACGAAGAUGAACUUUACAGUGGAGGAAUUGGCCGAAAUACAGGAGAGAUGGGAAACCGUUCGAAGUAAUCUGGAAGCAGCGGCGACAAGUGCAGAGAAACGAUUACCGAAGCCGUAUUCCACGCUGUCUGCCUGGACGGUCACUGGACAGUCGCUCAUCAACACGCCGCUAAAUUUACCAUCUGAAGAUCCCCAUAAAUGUCUUACUAUACUACAAAAGAUGAUUUCCGAACAUAACCGACAUUUCAUUGACAUGGCAGCGAAACAAGAAGAAUUAAGGCAAGCGACUGAGACCGGUGGGUUGGGUGGUCGCCCGGUAGCGGCUGAAUACGUUGAGCCCCUGCGGGUUCGAAUGGCGUCCUUGGCGGAGGAAGCACCAUUGAAGUUGGCCACCCUGAAGGUGUUGCAUGCCCACUACACUAUUCUCGCAUACCUUCACGAUUUGGAGGCCAAAAUGAAAGUGUGGAGAUCUGCGGAAAGCCUUCAGCUACUAAAUCGAUGGAUAGCUGAGUACACACAGUUGGAGAGUGAAAAUCCCCGUGCUAAAUGCAAUCAUUACUUGGAGACCAUGAAGAAGACAUUAAAUAGUGAACCAACAACGAAAUUGGACGGCGAAGGCAUGGUAAAAACCUGCAGCCGACGUUCGGAAGAUACAUUGAAGGCCUUCGACAGCCUAAAACCUAAACUGCAAUCACUUUGUACCAUGUGGACCGAGUGGGAGAGCGAACUGUUAAGGUUGGAAGAGGUUGCAAAAUACGGAAUAGCAAAUCGUACCAACACUUUGAAAGAUGAGUCGGAGGCGAUCCGAACAGUCGAAUUGAAAUUUGACGAGCUUGUGCCUCUACUGAGUGCAUCCGCUCGUUUGGCGAGCAAUCAGCGGCUGGAGUUACUGCGAAUGAAAGUGCGGCAUUUGAGCAGAUUCGCCGCCACCAGCCGUCUGGUAGUCGAUCUCGUCCCUUCAACUUCUCAAAAAAUAUGUAUUGUCACAAAUGUUAUCGAAGCAUCUACAGCCGUCCUGGAAAUCGAGAAAAACCUCCGUGAGCGGUCAACUACUGAAGUUGGCAGCGAACUCAAGGAAGGUUUCGAAAAAAUGGAUAUGAAGCGUAGGUUAACAGCAUUGCGCAAAGUUAUACCAAAGAUGAGCGCAGUCGAACACUACUUGGAGGAACUGCAGCAGCAGUUACGCUCAUCGGAUGCAUAUGACCGAGCUAAGAUUCUUGACAUAGUUGAUCAGCUUGAAAAGGAAAUAGAUAUAAUUGAAAGGGAAGCUGCGUCUUACGUGGAUUGUCGAUAUUACAGGGAAUCCCUUCGUUCGUGUACUGCGAAGCUGCACGGAGAGGGAACAAGUUCUACCAAGGGUAACCUCGAGCCUCCAGUGGAUAAGCAAUAUGUGAAGGAAGUAAUCUCUCGAGCUGAACUGAUAUUAGAAAGACGCGAAACAAACGAGGAUGAAGUUCGAGCGUCUUUGAACGAUAUGGAGGACUGCAACGUGAUCCUCCGAGAUUGGAGCAGCAAACGACUAGAUGAGCUUAGAACGCGCUGGGAGGCGAAGCAGCGGGAGUUUGAAGAAUGGCAGCAAAGCAUGGAUCGCAUACGCAAAAUUGGCGAUCACUUGAAAACUAGCAAAACUGUGGAGAGUUCAACUCUGGCAGAACUGCGCCGUAUUGAGGAGACUUGCGGCCGUAUGCAUCUCACUGGUCUGGAGCCUUCGCUUCGACUCUCUCUGCGCCGUCUCCGCGUUAUGGUCGAAACUGUACUCGAGGAACGUCUGGAUUUGUUAAGAAUGUCCGGAGAGGAUGACUGUGCCGUCGCUCAUACGAUCGUUCAGGAGGUUGGCGAGGAGUUGGUGACGUUCUGUCCGCAGUUAGACGAGCGACAUACUGAGGCAAGACGGAUUCUUCGCGACAAAAUGGAACUGUUCCGUCGCCUUCAGAACUAUUACGAUGCUAUGAAAUACUUACGAAACCGAAAUAUUGCGUGGAAUACGAUCACUGUGGCCGAGAUACCAGCAGUCUCUGCUGAACUUGAAACUCUUGUUGAACGAUGUGUUUCCGAAUGGGAAAACGAUGCUUCACGACUACGAGCGGAUCUGUUGGCUAUCAGCGGCAGUUUUUUCCAGCUCGAGUUCGACCGCAUCAACGAAAAGCUAAACUUGUUAACCUUCGAAAAAGAAAAACUGCGUGAUCUUAUGCGCGUUCGGCUCGAAUAUCUGGAUGCUGCGCGUGAUUUUAUCACAUCCACCGACUCCUCAAUCGAUGUCACUCAGAUGGCCACCCCUAGUGAUCGGCAUCCAGAUGUGGAAAACUUGACAAAAGACCUCUGCAAAAACUUGGAGGAAAAAGCUGGACAUCUAAGGGAACUGCAAGACCAAGCUGAAAUGAAGAUCUCGGAUUUAACAAUAUCUCAACGCUUGAAAAAGUUCAGGCAACAAAUAGUAGGCGUUGCCGAUGAGGACGCAUUCGAGAAUGCCGUUCGUAGAUUUGAAAGCCUUAUUGCAAAUGAACUUCCAGCUGCAGAUGAUCCCCUCCAAUUUCUCUCAAUAAUUCUACAAUUGAAAAAAUCAGAAGAAAGCGAAAGCAAAGCUUUUGAGGAUGUGAAUGUGUUGGCAUCUUCCAAUCAUGAAAAUGCGGAGAAGGAACGAAUCACGGCUUUGUACAAUUCUCGUCAGGAACAGCGUAAACGUCUCACUCUUGCAUACAUGUAUUCCUAUCAUGACUACUUGAAUGCUCUUUUCCGUCACCAUGAAGAGAAAGCUGUGCAGCUGAUCAACAACCGAGCACUCAGAGAACUCCAAACGUUCAACGACCGGGAAUGGAAGCAAUGGAAGGAGGCUGUUGGCGAACUCGAAAGUGUCUUGGAUGCUUCAAUGCGUCUCCGAUUUCGACCAGAGUUUGCAGAUUUGCAGAGAAAGGCAUUUUCGCUGGAUAGCAAGAUCGCAAGAUCAAUUGCUAGUUCAGCAAAAUAUCGGCGCCACGAGGAAAAGCUCGCUCUCAAAUUGACUCAGUUUGAAGCAUGGCUAAACGCAAUGGAAGACGACAUGGCAACGGUGGAGUCUAUGCCCCCAGGCGAUGAACAAACUGCACGCUUGGCUCAGCUUCUCUCGAGUUGUCUGAGCCAUCAAAGACUGGUUGGAAAACUUGAACGACUAAACAUCCAGAAUCGAAGUCACGUUGAACAGCUAUGCCAGAAGUAUUACGCCCUAAUCUCGAGACUUAGACGGUAUGACAUUGAGGAGGGAUCCCUGCCACUACAUGUUCGCACUCUUGUUCAAGCAGCCCCGACGCAGUCUCAGCUGUCAAUAAGCUCUUUUGGAUCAUCGGAAGUAGUGGACCGUCCUGAAUCUGUGUUGUCGGCUUCAUCAAGCGUCGAUGUUGGCGUCUCUAGUGCAGAAAGCGAAGGUCCACUAGAGAAGUCUAUUGGAGAGAUCCGAAGACGUCUUCACGUUAUUAUCCAGUCUUAUAAUGAUGGUCCUAAGCCUCUUCCUGCUGCUACUAGUGACUACAAUCUCCUUUUGAAUUACCUGGAGGAUAUCAAUGACUUGUUCUUGGAACUGCCGCGAGUGGACGAUGCGAAGAAAGGAGCGCUAGAGAACUCGCUUCUUCAUUUACAAGAGCAUUUCAAUGAAAUCAAGUCCCAAAUGCAACAAGAGAUUGAGGAAGAGAUUUCAAUAUCCGAAAAGGAAAAAGAAAUACUCUUUGAACUAUCCAAACUGGAACAACGUGUGAAGAGUCGUGAGGUGUUGGAUCAUAACAUAAUUUAUGAUCUGGAUCAGCUUCAAACCCAAAUGGACCUUCUGCGAAUGAUAAGAAGUCAACCUCGACGUUUCGUUGAAAGCGACUUGAUAGAAAGGGAGGGUUCUCCUUCUGCGAAGACCCGUCAUAAGCGAAAAGUACUUGUAAUGGUCACCAACACCGUUACUACUAUAAUUCAAGUUGUCGAGGAGCAUCUGCUGACAAUUGAGGCUUUCUCGCGAGAUCCUGUUCUUGAGGAGAAACUUGCACUGGUGAAGACGAAUUUGAGGAAAUUGGAAGAAGAAGUGAGCACUUCUCCCCCUGAAUUACCGCUUGACACAUCAGCAGCAGAACAGUCUCAUACACCAUAUUUGGAGACGAGAACACCUGCGGAGAUGAUGCUCAAGGAUGUUCCAAAGAAUGAAGCAUUUGCAGCAGCUGUAGUUGGUAUAGAGCAGGCGCUGAAUCUAGCAGAAGAUGUUAAUUUGGAGAACUGUAACGAUCCGCAUGUAUUAUCGGAGUCAUUAAAUCUGUUAGAAAGACAGCAAACCUCUAUGGAUGCUCUCAGUGACAUUGCCGAGGAACUCUCGAAGGAGGGAUUCGUGGAAUACAUCGAUACAAUUUCUCUGUUACAAGAACGGCUCAACUCGAUGAAAGUUUCACUUACGGACCGUCUAUCUACACUCAGUACUCAGGAGCCCAUUGAAACUGUCUAUUCUCGUGAGGAGAGUACAUCAGCAGGCGACCACGAAGAAGAUUUUGAAAUGCUCGUUGAACAAGUUCGCAGGGGAAUAGAAUCUGCUGAGACCAUUGCGUUUGCAGAAAAUAGUGAUAUCAAUUCGCUGGAAAAAGCGAGGCAAAUUCUCGAUUCCCACGAACCAACAUUGUCGAUUCUCGCAGACAUUGCCGAUGAGAAAGCAAAAUCAGGAGAUAUUAACUACGUAGACAGCGUUUCCUCUCUUACGGAACAGUUCAAUUCAGUCAAAUACGGAAUCGAAGAUCGACUGGACCAAUCAGGGCUUGAGGAAGCCGGUGAUGUCUACCCAAAACUUUCCGAAGUGCUCGUAUCUCAGCUUCUUGAAGGCGAAGAUGCUCCAAGUGCAGAAAGAGUACCUCAACGACCAGAGGAAAGUGAAGGAGUUGAAGAGCAGUUGAAGAAUAUGUCGAAUGUAAUUCGCAAGCUUGAUGAACUAGAGCAAGAUAUUGUGGAAAUAGAGCAAAGCUUACCGAUACCAUCCACAUCUUCAAGUGAUUUAAUCGCUUACCAGCAAGGUAAAACUCCAAAACUGGUAGCUAAACUAGCAGCGAUCGGUGACGUCCCCGCUGACUUAUUGCCAAAGAAAGAUGACCUCUCGCACAGAAUCGAUGACGUGAACAAGAAAUUAGAUGACCAAGUGAAUGAUCUGAAACGGUUCGAGGAGAAGACAAUCGAACUCCAAAAUGUUAUCGAUGAGUGCCGUGACAAGUUGAAAUCCCGAGAUACAGCCGAACCAAUCGAAAUUGUACAAAAAGACGCAGAAGAUUUGGCAGUAGUUCUGGCUACAAUCGAUGCUAUUCCACAAGAGGAAUUGUCGCCUAGAAAUCAACUAGCUCGCGAUACGAAUAAUAUCAAGGAACAAGCGAAGGAACAACUGUCAACAUUGCGAAAAGCGCUUACCGAUGAAGAAAAGGCUCGUGAAAAACAGGAUGAGCUUAAGAACAGAUUAUCUGCUAUAGGUGAUAGUUUGAACAAGGUUGAUCCAGAAAAUGUCGACUACGCUCAGCAAUUGGUGUCAAGCCUUGAGCCUGAGCUUCAGAAGCUAGGUGACAUCGCUGACAUUUGUCAUCAAUUUGCUAUCAGCUCAUCUCCUGUUGUAAGCCACAACGAUCUUGACAAAACGCUUCCCGAUCAAGUGCGAGAUUUGCAGAAGAAGUGCGAUGAUGUGAAGAAGAAAACUGAGCAAGUAGCACAGUUAAACGCUGUCGCACCUGAAAUACUGUUGAUCUCGGAAAGUUUGCAACAACAACCAGAAGAGAUCCCAUCAAAUCUUAACGAACAACAAGCUGUGCUUGAGGAUCUCGAAACAAAGAAACAGCGCCUCGAAAACCUCUUGCAAACCAUACCAACUGGUGAUGCUACGGAAGAAUUGCGACAAAAAAGCGCAUGGGAUUUGUCGAAACUGAAAGACCUUUUGAAGAGGCUUGGCGAUUCAGUGGGCGAUAAGUUGGCUGCUCUGGCCGCUUUCAACGCUGCACGCAAAGAUGCUGAAGAUCAACUGCUUGCAAUCACUGGUCCUGUAUCUGAAGAGAAAACACCAGAUGAACUUAAAAAGGAUGAAGAAUCGCUAGUUAGAUUGCAGCAAAAUAUUUCGCAACUUGAUCGUGAUGGUUUGGACGAGGAACAGAGGGAUGAACAUGCUCAGCUGCUCGAUCGUAUUAACAAAUCGCUUGAUAUCAUCAAGCAACGACGAAACGAUUUGGAGAAUGAACUGGCAAGACAAGCAGCUGAUGAAUCUCUAAGAAAUGCCAUUAGUCCGGUAUCUAGUCGACUAGUCCAACUUGUGAACGAUGCUGAUCGACUGUUAGGAGAUGCUGAAGGUGUACCAGCACAGUAUAGACCAUCUGCUGUUGAUUUGGUUGAGGAAUGUAAGAAGGCAGUCGCUCUUCUACACGACGCACCAAAGACUCAUCCUUCUGUGCAAGCCCUCGAAGCGGCGCUAUCUUCUGCCGAAAAUAUGAUUCCAGUUUUGGAAGAACGCGCUAACAAUUGGGAUGCAUUUGUUCGAAUAAGAGAUGAAGCGGACAUUGAAUUGGACAAAUUGAGAAAACCACUCGACGAAGUGUUGUCAAAACCACGAAGAUCUACCAAUGAUGCGAAGAAAGAUUUCGAUGUGAUUUCUAAGGAGAGGAAAAACACGAACAUUCUUAGCGAUAAAGUACGUCAACUUCAGGAGCUUUCCGAACUUCUCGAUCCUCUUGAGAGUGCUUACGCUGAUGUUCGAUUCAUCGAUGUUGACGCAGAACAGAUGGAAAAGCAAUACGACGACGUAUUGAAUGAGCUGUCAACAGAAAUUGAGGAUGAAAAUCUAUUAUGUGACUCUGUAGAUCACUUCAACACUGAGAUGAAUAACAUUUGUGAUUUGUUAGCUGGAAAUCCUAGUAAGGAGAACAUUGAGAACAUCGAACAAUUCCAAAUUCCUGCUCUUCGAGCACAGUUAUCGAUGUUAAAAGAGAGACAUGAUGAAGCAAAUCAUGCUCGUAAGCACGUGGAUCCAGAUUCAUCUCGUUUCGCUGUCUUAGAAGAUCGUAUGCAAUCUCUCGAUGCAUUGUUGGAAGACGCGAAGAAAGCCGCCGAAAAAGAUGAACAGGAGCGUCUCAUCGUAACGCUUACCAUACGAUUAUCACAGAUUGAAGCAAUUCCUCUUCGUGAAAUCACCGAAGAUUCACUGAAUGAUAUCGAGAAACAAGUUCAUGAUCUUCCUAAGGAGAAGGUCGAACAACUACAAAAGCGAAUUGAGGAUUUACGAAAUGCUAAAGAACAACAGGAUCACACUGUGCGAGAUACCAUCGAACGUUUGGCAAAAAUCGAAGAAGCGAUAGCUGCGCUUCCAAAUCGUCAAGAUAUUCCAACGAUCGAAGACAGACUUGGACGAAUGCGUGAUAUUCGUGAAAGUCUACUCAAUUUGGAUAUUACUGCUGAGAAGGACAUUGACGAUAGAGCAGAGAAUGCUCGAAAAACAAUUGAUGAUAUGACGAAGCGUGAUGAGGAAGAACUUCAGAAGUUGUUAACUGAACAAGAUCUGCGCAAUAAUGCUAUCCAAUCGCUUGAUGAACUAGAGCAAGAUAUUGCGGAAAUAGAGCAAAGUUUACCGAUACCAUCCACAUCUUCAAGUGAUUUAAUCGCUUACCAGCAAGGUAAAACUCCAAAACUGGUAGCUAAACUAGCAGCGAUCGGUGACGUCCCCGCUGACUUAUUGCCAAAGAAAGAUGACCUCUCGCACAGAAUCGAUGACGUGAACAAGAAAUUAGAUGACCAAGUGAAUGAUCUGAAACGGUUCGAGGAGAAGACAAUCGAACUCCAAAAUGUUAUCGAUGAGUGCCGUGACAAGUUGAAAUCCCGAGAUACAGCCGAACCAAUCGAAAUUGUACAAAAAGACGCAGAAGAUUUGGCAGUAGUUCUGGCUACAAUCGAUGCUAUUCCACAAGAGGAAUUGUCGCCUAGAAAUCAACUAGCUCGCGAUACGAAUAAUAUCAAGGAACAAGCGAAGGAACAACUGUCAACAUUGCGAAAAGCGCUUACCGAUGAAGAAAAGGCUCGUGAAAAACAGGAUGAGCUUAAGAACAGAUUAUCUGCUAUAGGUGAUAGUUUGAACAAGGUUGAUCCAGAAAAUGUCGACUACGCUCAGCAAUUGGUGUCAAGCCUUGAGCCUGAGCUUCAGAAGCUAGGUGACAUCGCUGACAUUUGUCAUCAAUUUGCUAUCAGCUCAUCUCCUGUUGUAAGCCACAACGAUCUUGACAAAACGCUUCCCGAUCAAGUGCGAGAUUUGCAGAAGAAGUGCGAUGAUGUGAAGAAGAAAACUGAGCAAGUAGCACAGUUAAACGCUGUCGCACCUGAAAUACUGUUGAUCUCGGAAAGUUUGCAACAACAACCAGAAGAGAUCCCAUCAAAUCUUAACGAACAACAAGCUGUGCUUGAGGAUCUCGAAACAAAGAAACAGCGCCUCGAAAACCUCUUGCAAACCAUACCAACUGGUGAUGCUACGGAAGAAUUGCGACAAAAAAGCGCAUGGGAUUUGUCGAAACUGAAAGACCUUUUGAAGAGGCUUGGCGAUUCAGUGGGCGAUAAGUUGGCUGCUCUGGCCGCUUUCAACGCUGCACGCAAAGAUGCUGAAGAUCAACUGCUUGCAAUCACUGGUCCUGUAUCUGAAGAGAAAACACCAGAUGAACUUAAAAAGGAUGAAGAAUCGCUAGUUAGAUUGCAGCAAAAUAUUUCGCAACUUGAUCGUGAUGGUUUGGACGAGGAACAGAGGGAUGAACAUGCUCAGCUGCUCGAUCGUAUUAACAAAUCGCUUGAUAUCAUCAAGCAACGACGAAACGAUUUGGAGAAUGAACUGGCAAGACAAGCAGCUGAUGAAUCUCUAAGAAAUGCCAUUAGUCCGGUAUCUAGUCGACUAGUCCAACUUGUGAACGAUGCUGAUCGACUGUUAGGAGAUGCUGAAGGUGUACCAGCACAGUAUAGACCAUCUGCUGUUGAUUUGGUUGAGGAAUGUAAGAAGGCAGUCGCUCUUCUACACGACGCACCAAAGACUCAUCCUUCUGUGCAAGCCCUCGAAGCGGCGCUAUCUUCUGCCGAAAAUAUGAUUCCAGUUUUGGAAGAACGCGCUAACAAUUGGGAUGCAUUUGUUCGAAUAAGAGAUGAAGCGGACAUUGAAUUGGACAAAUUGAGAAAACCACUCGACGAAGUGUUGUCAAAACCACGAAGAUCUACCAAUGAUGCGAAGAAAGAUUUCGAUGUGAUUUCUAAGGAGAGGAAAAACACGAACAUUCUUAGCGAUAAAGUACGUCAACUUCAGGAGCUUUCCGAACUUCUCGAUCCUCUUGAGAGUGCUUACGCUGAUGUUCGAUUCAUCGAUGUUGACGCAGAACAGAUGGAAAAGCAAUACGACGACGUAUUGAAUGAGCUGUCAACAGAAAUUGAGGAUGAAAAUCUAUUAUGUGACUCUGUAGAUCACUUCAACACUGAGAUGAAUAACAUUUGUGAUUUGUUAGCUGGAAAUCCUAGUAAGGAGAACAUUGAGAACAUCGAACAAUUCCAAAUUCCUGCUCUUCGAGCACAGUUAUCGAUGUUAAAAGAGAGACAUGAUGAAGCAAAUCAUGCUCGUAAGCACGUGGAUCCAGAUUCAUCUCGUUUCGCUGUCUUAGAAGAUCGUAUGCAAUCUCUCGAUGCAUUGUUGGAAGACGCGAAGAAAGCCGCCGAAAAAGAUGAACAGGAGCGUCUCAUCGUAACGCUUACCAUACGAUUAUCACAGAUUGAAGCAAUUCCUCUUCGUGAAAUCACCGAAGAUUCACUGAAUGAUAUCGAGAAACAAGUUCAUGAUCUUCCUAAGGAGAAGGUCGAACAACUACAAAAGCGAAUUGAGGAUUUACGAAAUGCUAAAGAACAACAGGAUCACACUGUGCGAGAUACCAUCGAACGUUUGGCAAAAAUCGAAGAAGCGAUAGCUGCGCUUCCAAAUCGUCAAGAUAUUCCAACGAUCGAAGACAGACUUGGACGAAUGCGUGAUAUUCGUGAAAGUCUACUCAAUUUGGAUAUUACUGCUGAGAAGGACAUUGACGAUAGAGCAGAGAAUGCUCGAAAAACAAUUGAUGAUAUGACGAAGCGUGAUGAGGAAGAACUUCAGAAGUUGUUAACUGAACAAGAUCUGCGCAAUAAUGCUAUCCAAUCGCUUGAUGAACUAGAGCAAGAUAUUGCGGAAAUAGAGCAAAGUUUACCGAUACCAUCCACAUCUUCAAGUGAUUUAAUCGCUUACCAGCAAGGUAAAACUCCAAAACUGGUAGCUAAACUAGCAGCGAUCGGUGACGUCCCCGCUGACUUAUUGCCAAAGAAAGAUGACCUCUCGCACAGAAUCGAUGACGUGAACAAGAAAUUAGAUGACCAAGUGAAUGAUCUGAAACGGUUCGAGGAGAAGACAAUCGAACUCCAAAAUGUUAUCGAUGAGUGCCGUGACAAGUUGAAAUCCCGAGAUACAGCCGAACCAAUCGAAAUUGUACAAAAAGACGCAGAAGAUUUGGCAGUAGUUCUGGCUACAAUCGAUGCUAUUCCACAAGAGGAAUUGUCGCCUAGAAAUCAACUAGCUCGCGAUACGAAUAAUAUCAAGGAACAAGCGAAGGAACAACUGUCAACAUUGCGAAAAGCGCUUACCGAUGAAGAAAAGGCUCGUGAAAAACAGGAUGAGCUUAAGAACAGAUUAUCUGCUAUAGGUGAUAGUUUGAACAAGGUUGAUCCAGAAAAUGUCGACUACGCUCAGCAAUUGGUGUCAAGCCUUGAGCCUGAGCUUCAGAAGCUAGGUGACAUCGCUGACAUUUGUCAUCAAUUUGCUAUCAGCUCAUCUCCUGUUGUAAGCCACAACGAUCUUGACAAAACGCUUCCCGAUCAAGUGCGAGAUUUGCAGAAGAAGUGCGAUGAUGUGAAGAAGAAAACUGAGCAAGUAGCACAGUUAAACGCUGUCGCACCUGAAAUACUGUUGAUCUCGGAAAGUUUGCAACAACAACCAGAAGAGAUCCCAUCAAAUCUUAACGAACAACAAGCUGUGCUUGAGGAUCUCGAAACAAAGAAACAGCGCCUCGAAAACCUCUUGCAAACCAUACCAACUGGUGAUGCUACGGAAGAAUUGCGACAAAAAAGCGCAUGGGAUUUGUCGAAACUGAAAGACCUUUUGAAGAGGCUUGGCGAUUCAGUGGGCGAUAAGUUGGCUGCUCUGGCCGCUUUCAACGCUGCACGCAAAGAUGCUGAAGAUCAACUGCUUGCAAUCACUGGUCCUGUAUCUGAAGAGAAAACACCAGAUGAACUUAAAAAGGAUGAAGAAUCGCUAGUUAGAUUGCAGCAAAAUAUUUCGCAACUUGAUCGUGAUGGUUUGGACGAGGAACAGAGGGAUGAACAUGCUCAGCUGCUCGAUCGUAUUAACAAAUCGCUUGAUAUCAUCAAGCAACGACGAAACGAUUUGGAGAAUGAACUGGCAAGACAAGCAGCUGAUGAAUCUCUAAGAAAUGCCAUUAGUCCGGUAUCUAGUCGACUAGUCCAACUUGUGAACGAUGCUGAUCGACUGUUAGGAGAUGCUGAAGGUGUACCAGCACAGUAUAGACCAUCUGCUGUUGAUUUGGUUGAGGAAUGUAAGAAGGCAGUCGCUCUUCUGCACGACGCACCAAAGACUCAUCCUUCUGUGCAAGCCCUCGAAGCGGCGCUAUCUUCUGCCGAAAAUAUGAUUCCAGUUUUGGAAGAACGCGCUAACAAUUGGGAUGCAUUUGUUCGAAUAAGAGAUGAAGCGGACAUUGAAUUGGACAAAUUGAGAAAACCACUCGACGAAGUGUUGUCAAAACCACGAAGAUCUACCAAUGAUGCGAAGAAAGAUUUCGAUGUGAUUUCUAAGGAGAGGAAAAACACGAACAUUCUUAGCGAUAAAGUACGUCAACUUCAGGAGCUUUCCGAACUUCUCGAUCCUCUUGAGAGUGCUUACGCUGAUGUUCGAUUCAUCGAUGUUGACGCAGAACAGAUGGAAAAGCAAUACGACGACGUAUUGAAUGAGCUGUCAACAGAAAUUGAGGAUGAAAAUCUAUUAUGUGACUCUGUAGAUCACUUCAACACUGAGAUGAAUAACAUUUGUGAUUUGUUAGCUGGAAAUCCUAGUAAGGAGAACAUUGAGAACAUCGAACAAUUCCAAAUUCCUGCUCUUCGAGCACAGUUAUCGAUGUUAAAAGAGAGACAUGAUGAAGCAAAUCAUGCUCGUAAGCACGUGGAUCCAGAUUCAUCUCGUUUCGCUGUCUUAGAAGAUCGUAUGCAAUCUCUCGAUGCAUUGUUGGAAGACGCGAAGAAAGCCGCCGAAAAAGAUGAACAGGAGCGUCUCAUCGUAACGCUUACCAUACGAUUAUCACAGAUUGAAGCAAUUCCUCUUCGUGAAAUCACCGAAGAUUCACUGAAUGAUAUCGAGAAACAAGUUCAUGAUCUUCCUAAGGAGAAGGUCGAACAACUACAAAAGCGAAUUGAGGAUUUACGAAAUGCUAAAGAACAACAGGAUCACACUGUGCGAGAUACCAUCGAACGUUUGGCAAAAAUCGAAGAAGCGAUAGCUGCGCUUCCAAAUCGUCAAGAUAUUCCAACGAUCGAAGACAGACUUGGACGAAUGCGUGAUAUUCGCGAAAGUCUACUCAAUUUGGAUAUUACUGCUGAGAAGGACAUUGACGAUAGAGCAGAGAAUGCUCGAAAAACAAUUGAUGAUAUGACGAAGCGUGAUGAGGAAGAACUUCAGAAGUUGUUAACUGAACAAGAUCUGCGCAAUAAUGCUAUCCAAUCGCUUGAUGAACUAGAGCAAGAUAUUGCGGAAAUAGAGCAAAGUUUACCGAUACCAUCCACAUCUUCAAGUGAUUUAAUCGCUUACCAGCAAGGUAAAACUCCAAAACUGGUAGCUAAACUAGCAGCGAUCGGUGACGUCCCCGCUGACUUAUUGCCAAAGAAAGAUGACCUCUCGCACAGAAUCGAUGACGUGAACAAGAAAUUAGAUGACCAAGUGAAUGAUCUGAAACGGUUCGAGGAGAAGACAAUCGAACUCCAAAAUGUUAUCGAUGAGUGCCGUGACAAGUUGAAAUCCCGAGAUACAGCCGAACCAAUUGAAAUUGUACAAAAAGACGCAGAAGAUUUGGCAGUAGUUCUGGCUACAAUCGAUGCUAUUCCACAAGAAGAAUUGUCGCCUAGAAAUCAACUAGCUCGCGAUACGAAUAAUAUCAAGGAACAAGCGAAGGAACAACUGUCAACAUUGCGAAAAGCGCUUACCGAUGAAGAAAAGGCUCGUGAAAAACAGGAUGAGCUUAAGAACAGAUUAUCUGCUAUAGGUGAUAGUUUGAACAAGGUUGAUCCAGAAAAUGUCGACUACGCUCAGCAAUUGGUGUCAAGCCUUGAGCCUGAGCUUCAGAAGCUAGGUGACAUCGCUGACAUUUGUCAUCAAUUUGCUAUCAGCUCAUCUCCUGUUGUAAGCCACAACGAUCUUGACAAAACGCUUCCCGAUCAAGUGCGAGAUUUGCAGAAGAAGUGCGAUGAUGUGAAGAAGAAAACUGAGCAAGUAGCACAGUUAAACGCUGUCGCACCUGAAAUACUGUUGAUCUCGGAAAGUUUGCAACAACAACCAGAAGAGAUCCCAUCAAAUCUUAACGAACAACAAGCUGUGCUUGAGGAUCUCGAAACAAAGAAACAGCGCCUCGAAAACCUCUUGCAAACCAUACCAACUGGUGAUGCUACGGAAGAAUUGCGACAAAAAAGCGCAUGGGAUUUGUCGAAACUGAAAGACCUUUUGAAGAGGCUUGGCGAUUCAGUGGGCGAUAAGCUGGCUGCUCUGGCCGCUUUCAACGCUGCACGCAAAGAUGCUGAAGAUCAACUGCUUGCAAUCACUGGUCCUGUAUCUGAAGAGAAAACACCAGAUGAACUUAAAAAGGAUGAAGAAUCGUUAGUUAGAUUGCAGCAAAAUAUUUCGCAACUUGAUCGUGAUGGUUUGGACGAGGAACAGAGGGAUGAACAUGCUCAGCUGCUCGAUCGUAUUAACAAAUCGCUUGAUAUCAUCAAGCAACGACGAAACGAUUUGGAGAAUGAACUGGCAAGACAAGCAGCUGAUGAAUCUCUAAGAAAUGCCAUUAGUCCGGUAUCUAGUCGACUAGUCCAACUUGUGAACGAUGCUGAUCGACUGUUAGGAGAUGCUGAAGGUGUACCAGCACAGUAUAGACCAUCUGCUGUUGAUUUGGUUGAGGAAUGUAAGAAGGCAGUCGCUCUUCUGCACGACGCACCAAAGACUCAUCCUUCUGUGCAAGCCCUCGAAGCGGCGCUAUCUUCUGCCGAAAAUAUGAUUCCAGUUUUGGAAGAACGCGCUAACAAUUGGGAUGCAUUUGUUCGAAUAAGAGAUGAAGCGGACAUUGAAUUGGACAAAUUGAGAAAACCACUCGACGAAGUGUUGUCAAAACCACGAAGAUCUACCAAUGAUGCGAAGAAAGAUUUCGAUGUGAUUUCUAAGGAGAGGAAAAACACGAACAUUCUUAGCGAUAAAGUACGUCAACUUCAGGAGCUUUCCGAACUUCUCGAUCCUCUUGAGAGUGCUUACGCUGAUGUUCGAUUCAUCGAUGUUGACGCAGAACAGAUGGAAAAGCAAUACGACGACGUAUUGAAUGAGCUGUCAACAGAAAUUGAGGAUGAAAAUCUAUUAUGUGACUCUGUAGAUCACUUCAACACUGAGAUGAAUAACAUUUGUGAUUUGUUAGCUGGAAAUCCUAGUAAGGAGAACAUUGAGAACAUCGAACAAUUCCAAAUUCCUGCUCUUCGAGCACAGUUAUCGAUGUUAAAAGAGAGACAUGAUGAAGCAAAUCAUGCUCGUAAGCACGUGGAUCCAGAUUCAUCUCGUUUCGCUGUCUUAGAAGAUCGUAUGCAAUCUCUCGAUGCAUUGUUGGAAGACGCGAAGAAAGCCGCCGAAAAAGAUGAACAGGAGCGUCUCAUCGUAACGCUUACCAUACGAUUAUCACAGAUUGAAGCAAUUCCUCUUCGUGAAAUCACCGAAGAUUCACUGAAUGAUAUCGAGAAACAAGUUCAUGAUCUUCCUAAGGAGAAGGUCGAACAACUACAAAAGCGAAUUGAGGAUUUACGAAAUGCUAAAGAACAACAGGAUCACACUGUGCGAGAUACCAUCGAACGUUUGGCAAAAAUCGAAGAAGCGAUAGCUGCGCUUCCAAAUCGUCAAGAUAUUCCAACGAUCGAAGACAGACUUGGACGAAUGCGUGAUAUUCGCGAAAGUCUACUCAAUUUGGAUAUUACUGCUGAGAAGGACAUUGACGAUAGAGCAGAGAAUGCUCGAAAAACAAUUGAUGAUAUGACGAAGCGUGAUGAGGAAGAACUUCAGAAGUUGUUAACUGAACAAGAUCUGCGCAAUAAUGCUAUCCAAUCGCUUGAUGAACUAGAGCAAGAUAUUGCGGAAAUAGAGCAAAGUUUACCGAUACCAUCCACAUCUUCAAGUGAUUUAAUCGCUUACCAGCAAGGUAAAACUCCAAAACUGGUAGCUAAACUAGCAGCGAUCGGUGACGUCCCCGCUGACUUAUUGCCAAAGAAAGAUGACCUCUCGCACAGAAUCGAUGACGUGAACAAGAAAUUAGAUGACCAAGUGAAUGAUCUGAAACGGUUCGAGGAGAAGACAAUCGAACUCCAAAAUGUUAUCGAUGAGUGCCGUGACAAGUUGAAAUCCCGAGAUACAGCCGAACCAAUUGAAAUUGUACAAAAAGACGCAGAAGAUUUGGCAGUAGUUCUGGCUACAAUCGAUGCUAUUCCACAAGAAGAAUUGUCGCCUAGAAAUCAACUAGCUCGCGAUACGAAUAAUAUCAAGGAACAAGCGAAGGAACAACUGUCAACAUUGCGAAAAGCGCUUACCGAUGAAGAAAAGGCUCGUGAAAAACAGGAUGAGCUUAAGAACAGAUUAUCUGCUAUAGGUGAUAGUUUGAACAAGGUUGAUCCAGAAAAUGUCGACUACGCUCAGCAAUUGGUGUCAAGCCUUGAGCCUGAGCUUCAGAAGCUAGGUGACAUCGCUGACAUUUGUCAUCAAUUUGCUAUCAGCUCAUCUCCUGUUGUAAGCCACAACGAUCUUGACAAAACGCUUCCCGAUCAAGUGCGAGAUUUGCAGAAGAAGUGCGAUGAUGUGAAGAAGAAAACUGAGCAAGUAGCACAGUUAAACGCUGUCGCACCUGAAAUACUGUUGAUCUCGGAAAGUUUGCAACAACAACCAGAAGAGAUCCCAUCAAAUCUUAACGAACAACAAGCUGUGCUUGAGGAUCUCGAAACAAAGAAACAGCGCCUCGAAAACCUCUUGCAAACCAUACCAACUGGUGAUGCUACGGAAGAAUUGCGACAAAAAAGCGCAUGGGAUUUGUCGAAACUGAAAGACCUUUUGAAGAGGCUUGGCGAUUCAGUGGGCGAUAAGCUGGCUGCUCUGGCCGCUUUCAACGCUGCACGCAAAGAUGCUGAAGAUCAACUGCUUGCAAUCACUGGUCCUGUAUCUGAAGAGAAAACACCAGAUGAACUUAAAAAGGAUGAAGAAUCGUUAGUUAGAUUGCAGCAAAAUAUUUCGCAACUUGAUCGUGAUGGUUUGGACGAGGAACAGAGGGAUGAACAUGCUCAGCUGCUCGAUCGUAUUAACAAAUCGCUUGAUAUCAUCAAGCAACGACGAAACGAUUUGGAGAAUGAACUGGCAAGACAAGCAGCUGAUGAAUCUCUAAGAAAUGCCAUUAGUCCGGUAUCUAGUCGACUAGUCCAACUUGUGAACGAUGCUGAUCGACUGUUAGGAGAUGCUGAAGGUGUACCAGCACAGUAUAGACCAUCUGCUGUUGAUUUGGUUGAGGAAUGUAAGAAGGCAGUCGCUCUUCUGCACGACGCACCAAAGACUCAUCCUUCUGUGCAAGCCCUCGAAGCGGCGCUAUCUUCUGCCGAAAAUAUGAUUCCAGUUUUGGAAGAACGCGCUAACAAUUGGGAUGCAUUUGUUCGAAUAAGAGAUGAAGCGGACAUUGAAUUGGACAAAUUGAGAAAACCACUCGACGAAGUGUUGUCAAAACCACGAAGAUCUACCAAUGAUGCGAAGAAAGAUUUCGAUGUGAUUUCUAAGGAGAGGAAAAACACGAACAUUCUUAGCGAUAAAGUACGUCAACUUCAGGAGCUUUCCGAACUUCUCGAUCCUCUUGAGAGUGCUUACGCUGAUGUUCGAUUCAUCGAUGUUGACGCAGAACAGAUGGAAAAGCAAUACGACGACGUAUUGAAUGAGCUGUCAACAGAAAUUGAGGAUGAAAAUCUAUUAUGUGACUCUGUAGAUCACUUCAACACUGAGAUGAAUAACAUUUGUGAUUUGUUAGCUGGAAAUCCUAGUAAGGAGAACAUUGAGAACAUCGAACAAUUCCAAAUUCCUGCUCUUCGAGCACAGUUAUCGAUGUUAAAAGAGAGACAUGAUGAAGCAAAUCAUGCUCGUAAGCACGUGGAUCCAGAUUCAUCUCGUUUCGCUGUCUUAGAAGAUCGUAUGCAAUCUCUCGAUGCAUUGUUGGAAGACGCGAAGAAAGCCGCCGAAAAAGAUGAACAGGAGCGUCUCAUCGUAACGCUUACCAUACGAUUAUCACAGAUUGAAGCAAUUCCUCUUCGUGAAAUCACCGAAGAUUCACUGAAUGAUAUCGAGAAACAAGUUCAUGAUCUUCCUAAGGAGAAGGUCGAACAACUACAAAAGCGAAUUGAGGAUUUACGAAAUGCUAAAGAACAACAGGAUCACACUGUGCGAGAUACCAUCGAACGUUUGGCAAAAAUCGAAGAAGCGAUAGCUGCGCUUCCAAAUCGUCAAGAUAUUCCAACGAUCGAAGACAGACUUGGACGAAUGCGUGAUAUUCGCGAAAGUCUACUCAAUUUGGAUAUUACUGCUGAGAAGGACAUUGACGAUAGAGCAGAGAAUGCUCGAAAAACAAUUGAUGAUAUGACGAAGCGUGAUGAGGAAGAACUUCAGAAGUUGUUAACUGAACAAGAUCUGCGCAAUAAUGCUAUCCAAUCGCUUGAUGAACUAGAGCAAGAUAUUGCGGAAAUAGAGCAAAGUUUACCGAUACCAUCCACAUCUUCAAGUGAUUUAAUCGCUUACCAGCAAGGUAAAACUCCAAAACUGGUAGCUAAACUAGCAGCGAUCGGUGACGUCCCCGCUGACUUAUUGCCAAAGAAAGAUGACCUCUCGCACAGAAUCGAUGACGUGAACAAGAAAUUAGAUGACCAAGUGAAUGAUCUGAAACGGUUCGAGGAGAAGACAAUCGAACUCCAAAAUGUUAUCGAUGAGUGCCGUGACAAGUUGAAAUCCCGAGAUACAGCCGAACCAAUUGAAAUUGUACAAAAAGACGCAGAAGAUUUGGCAGUAGUUCUGGCUACAAUCGAUGCUAUUCCACAAGAAGAAUUGUCGCCUAGAAAUCAACUAGCUCGCGAUACGAAUAAUAUCAAGGAACAAGCGAAGGAACAACUGUCAACAUUGCGAAAAGCGCUUACCGAUGAAGAAAAGGCUCGUGAAAAACAGGAUGAGCUUAAGAACAGAUUAUCUGCUAUAGGUGAUAGUUUGAACAAGGUUGAUCCAGAAAAUGUCGACUACGCUCAGCAAUUGGUGUCAAGCCUUGAGCCUGAGCUUCAGAAGCUAGGUGACAUCGCUGACAUUUGUCAUCAAUUUGCUAUCAGCUCAUCUCCUGUUGUAAGCCACAACGAUCUUGACAAAACGCUUCCCGAUCAAGUGCGAGAUUUGCAGAAGAAGUGCGAUGAUGUGAAGAAGAAAACUGAGCAAGUAGCACAGUUAAACGCUGUCGCACCUGAAAUACUGUUGAUCUCGGAAAGUUUGCAACAACAACCAGAAGAGAUCCCAUCAAAUCUUAACGAACAACAAGCUGUGCUUGAGGAUCUCGAAACAAAGAAACAGCGCCUCGAAAACCUCUUGCAAACCAUACCAACUGGUGAUGCUACGGAAGAAUUGCGACAAAAAAGCGCAUGGGAUUUGUCGAAACUGAAAGACCUUUUGAAGAGGCUUGGCGAUUCAGUGGGCGAUAAGUUGGCUGCUCUGGCCGCUUUCAACGCUGCACGCAAAGAUGCUGAAGAUCAACUGCUUGCAAUCACUGGUCCUGUAUCUGAAGAGAAAACACCAGAUGAACUUAAAAAGGAUGAAGAAUCGCUAGUUAGAUUGCAGCAAAAUAUUUCGCAACUUGAUCGUGAUGGUUUGGACGAGGAACAGAGGGAUGAACAUGCUCAGCUGCUCGAUCGUAUUAACAAAUCGCUUGAUAUCAUCAAGCAACGACGAAACGAUUUGGAGAAUGAACUGGCAAGACAAGCAGCUGAUGAAUCUCUAAGAAAUGCCAUUAGUCCGGUAUCUAGUCGACUAGUCCAACUUGUGAACGAUGCUGAUCGACUGUUAGGAGAUGCUGAAGGUGUACCAGCACAGUAUAGACCAUCUGCUGUUGAUUUGGUUGAGGAAUGUAAGAAGGCAGUCGCUCUUCUACACGACGCACCAAAGACUCAUCCUUCUGUGCAAGCCCUCGAAGCGGCGCUAUCUUCUGCCGAAAAUAUGAUUCCAGUUUUGGAAGAACGCGCUAACAAUUGGGAUGCAUUUGUUCGAAUAAGAGAUGAAGCGGACAUUGAAUUGGACAAAUUGAGAAAACCACUCGACGAAGUGUUGUCAAAACCACGAAGAUCUACCAAUGAUGCGAAGAAAGAUUUCGAUGUGAUUUCUAAGGAGAGGAAAAACACGAACAUUCUUAGCGAUAAAGUACGUCAACUUCAGGAGCUUUCCGAACUUCUCGAUCCUCUUGAGAGUGCUUACGCUGAUGUUCGAUUCAUCGAUGUUGACGCAGAACAGAUGGAAAAGCAAUACGACGACGUAUUGAAUGAGCUGUCAACAGAAAUUGAGGAUGAAAAUCUAUUAUGUGACUCUGUAGAUCACUUCAACACUGAGAUGAAUAACAUUUGUGAUUUGUUAGCUGGAAAUCCUAGUAAGGAGAACAUUGAGAACAUCGAACAAUUCCAAAUUCCUGCUCUUCGAGCACAGUUAUCGAUGUUAAAAGAGAGACAUGAUGAAGCAAAUCAUGCUCGUAAGCACGUGGAUCCAGAUUCAUCUCGUUUCGCUGUCUUAGAAGAUCGUAUGCAAUCUCUCGAUGCAUUGUUGGAAGACGCGAAGAAAGCCGCCGAAAAAGAUGAACAGGAGCGUCUCAUCGUAACGCUUACCAUACGAUUAUCACAGAUUGAAGCAAUUCCUCUUCGUGAAAUCACCGAAGAUUCACUGAAUGAUAUCGAGAAACAAGUUCAUGAUCUUCCUAAGGAGAAGGUCGAACAACUACAAAAGCGAAUUGAGGAUUUACGAAAUGCUAAAGAACAACAGGAUCACACUGUGCGAGAUACCAUCGAACGUUUGGCAAAAAUCGAAGAAGCGAUAGCUGCGCUUCCAAAUCGUCAAGAUAUUCCAACGAUCGAAGACAGACUUGGACGAAUGCGUGAUAUUCGUGAAAGUCUACUCAAUUUGGAUAUUACUGCUGAGAAGGACAUUGACGAUAGAGCAGAGAAUGCUCGAAAAACAAUUGAUGAUAUGACGAAGCGUGAUGAGGAAGAACUUCAGAAGUUGUUAACUGAACAAGAUCUGCGCAAUAAUGCUAUCCAAUCGCUUGAUGAACUAGAGCAAGAUAUUGCGGAAAUAGAGCAAAGUUUACCGAUACCAUCCACAUCUUCAAGUGAUUUAAUCGCUUACCAGCAAGGUAAAACUCCAAAACUGGUAGCUAAACUAGCAGCGAUCGGUGACGUCCCCGCUGACUUAUUGCCAAAGAAAGAUGACCUCUCGCACAGAAUCGAUGACGUGAACAAGAAAUUAGAUGACCAAGUGAAUGAUCUGAAACGGUUCGAGGAGAAGACAAUCGAACUCCAAAAUGUUAUCGAUGAGUGCCGUGACAAGUUGAAAUCCCGAGAUACAGCCGAACCAAUCGAAAUUGUACAAAAAGACGCAGAAGAUUUGGCAGUAGUUCUGGCUACAAUCGAUGCUAUUCCACAAGAGGAAUUGUCGCCUAGAAAUCAACUAGCUCGCGAUACGAAUAAUAUCAAGGAACAAGCGAAGGAACAACUGUCAACAUUGCGAAAAGCGCUUACCGAUGAAGAAAAGGCUCGUGAAAAACAGGAUGAGCUUAAGAACAGAUUAUCUGCUAUAGGUGAUAGUUUGAACAAGGUUGAUCCAGAAAAUGUCGACUACGCUCAGCAAUUGGUGUCAAGCCUUGAGCCUGAGCUUCAGAAGCUAGGUGACAUCGCUGACAUUUGUCAUCAAUUUGCUAUCAGCUCAUCUCCUGUUGUAAGCCACAACGAUCUUGACAAAACGCUUCCCGAUCAAGUGCGAGAUUUGCAGAAGAAGUGCGAUGAUGUGAAGAAGAAAACUGAGCAAGUAGCACAGUUAAACGCUGUCGCACCUGAAAUACUGUUGAUCUCGGAAAGUUUGCAACAACAACCAGAAGAGAUCCCAUCAAAUCUUAACGAACAACAAGCUGUGCUUGAGGAUCUCGAAACAAAGAAACAGCGCCUCGAAAACCUCUUGCAAACCAUACCAACUGGUGAUGCUACGGAAGAAUUGCGACAAAAAAGCGCAUGGGAUUUGUCGAAACUGAAAGACCUUUUGAAGAGGCUUGGCGAUUCAGUGGGCGAUAAGUUGGCUGCUCUGGCCGCUUUCAACGCUGCACGCAAAGAUGCUGAAGAUCAACUGCUUGCAAUCACUGGUCCUGUAUCUGAAGAGAAAACACCAGAUGAACUUAAAAAGGAUGAAGAAUCGCUAGUUAGAUUGCAGCAAAAUAUUUCGCAACUUGAUCGUGAUGGUUUGGACGAGGAACAGAGGGAUGAACAUGCUCAGCUGCUCGAUCGUAUUAACAAAUCGCUUGAUAUCAUCAAGCAACGACGAAACGAUUUGGAGGAUGAACUGGCAAGGCAAGCAGCUGAUGAAUCUAUUAGAAACAUAGUUAGUCCAGUAUCCAGUCGACUAGUUCAACUUGUGAACGAUGCUGAUCGACUAUUGGUAGACGCUGAAGGAGUAGCAGCUCAGUACAGACCACUUGCGGAUGAGCUGGUUGAGGAGUGCAGAAAGGCCGCAACCGUUUUACGUAGUGCUCCAGCAACUCAUCCUUCUGUGGAAGAACUUGAAGCGGCACUUUCUUCUGCCGAAUACAUGGUUCCAGCUCUGGAAGAACGCGCCAACAAGUGGGAUGAAUUCGUGCGAAUAAGAGACGAAGCCAGUAAGACCCUUGAAGCCGUACUUUUGGCGCUUUCAUUAUUCCAAGAAAGGACAGAGCUCAUUCCUCUACCUUAUGGUGAAGUAGAACUUCAAAACCUGAAGCACCUGUAUGCGGAUAUAGAAAGGCUUCGUGAUGUUGAGAAGAAACUUAACGAGCUUUCCUUACUUUUACGACCGUUGCUUCACGUUUCGCAAGAUGUUCGUUUCUUUUCUGUUGACCAAGAAAGGACAGAGAAACUAUAUGAGGAAAUAACAGAACGACUCGCCACAGAGAUCACCGCAGAAGCACAACUGAACAGAACUCUCGAGAUACUUACCACUGAGCUGAAUCAUUGCAGCGAAGAGCUCACCUCCGAAGAUGAUGAGCAGAAAGAUAGACUGAGCCACGAAUCACUCCUUCUUGACAUCAUUGCCCACUUAGAAAACCAAAAGGUUAUUGUGGAACGUAGUGCACAGAGUCGACGGUAUAUCGAGAGCAGCACCUCAACCAGUCUUGAUCGACUUAUGCAGCGUGCGCAGGACCUUCUGGAGGCAUUAAGACGUGCUCCACAAACAAGCAGGGACUCAGCAGCACGAGAAGAGUACGACGUCGAUGCUGCUGCUGAAGUUCUUGCAGCUUUAUAUCCUGAGUCACACCCUUACAGUGUGCUCGCAGAACAUGGAUUCGAAGGAAUUCCGUCUGAUACAGACUCAAAGAGCGAGUUGGAAUCCAUUGACGGUUCUUCGUCUGGAAUGCUUUCCCCGAUUCCAGAUACCGCUACUAGUAUCGUAGCAGCUUCACACUUCCGUCGCCAAAGGUCGCGAUGGAGACGGGUUCUUCGUACAGCAUUGCCUCUUCAGGCAAUGCUGGUUCUACUCUUGGGAGCAGCAUGUCUGGUUCCGCAUUGCGAUGACGAGUAUUGCUGUCAACUGCUAAACAACUUCGCAAGAAGCUUUGAUCCAUCUCUUGAAUUUAUAAAUGGACCUCCGCCUUUCUGA